GGAAGCGGCGGCCGUUCCGGUGCUGAGCUGGCGGCGGCGGCGAGGAGGAGGAGAGUUCGCGGCAGAGUCUUGGUUCAUGCAGUACCCAAGAGAUGAAGAAUGGUGUGAAGGACCUGCCUAUGACUGCUCUGCCUUGGAAACCUCUUUGUUAAUGAAAAAGGAGACCUAUGAGCUACUCGGCGCGUAAAAGAGGCUGAAGAUGCUGAGCCGCUUGUCUGGUUUAGCAAGUACUGUUUUACAAGAGCUGUCGGGUGAUGAUGGAGAUGCGGUUACUGAAUCCACUGCUGCUGUACAGGCUUUAGAGCCUGAAGCGGAAAGCAUGGAGGAAGCACCUGAGGACCUAUUGGAACGCCUAGCCCAAACAGAAAAACUCGUUGUUCAGCUGAAGGAUUUGAUUCGAGAAAAGGAUGCCCUGCUCCAGCAAAAAGAAGCUGUACUCAAGGAAGAACGAGAAGCUGCAGAUGCUAAACUCAUGAAGCUGAAACUUCAGGCCAAAGCCAAACUGGCCUCUCUGAACAAACGCAUUGAGGAGCUGACAGAGAAAGGAUCGCCGUUGCCUGCCCAGGCGUUAUCUGAAGAGCAAGCGUGUCCCAAGUGUCAGAAUGACCAAAAUACAAGUGAAGGGCAUAGAGAAGAAGCCGAAGCACUCAAAGAGCAGCUUAGGGAGCGAGAGGAGACUGUUCAGGACCUGAAGGAACAGCUGGCUCAAGCCAAAGUGAAUCUGAAAGAUGCUGAAAUCAAGCACGCAACACAGCUGAGCUCCCUGCAGGAAGUGAUUCGGGAGAAGGAAACUCUCCUAGAAGAACAGGCUCACCAGCACCAAGCUGAAUUGCUGAAAAUAGCAGCUCAGUCAGAUCUGGAAGUAGAGAUGCAGCAGAACCUGCGUACACUUCAAAGGAAGCUGGAGGAGCAGGAAGAAGCUCUGCUAGGACGAACUCAGGUGGUGGAAUUGCUGCAGCAGGAAUUACGUGCUGCUGAACAGCAAAACCAGAUACUCCGAGAUCAGUGCCAGAAGAUGGAAGUGGAUCUAAGCUCCCUCAGGGAUGUACUCGAUGCAGAGAGACGAGAGUCUCAGGAUCUCAGAGAGAAGAUGGAGCUGGAACUGGCUGAGAGGAAGAUGUUCACCCAUCGCUUGCAGGAUGAGGUGCAGUGUCUCUCCGAACAGCUGGAAGAGGCACGAAGAGCACAAACUGAAUUAGAGGUGAAAUAUAAAGACCUCGAGCAGGAACAAAAGCUGGAGGUGGAAGAGAAAAACCAGCAGAUCAGUUGUCUUAAGGUGGUUGAGCAAGAGCUGCAGUCUAGGCAUGCUGCCCUCGAGGGUGAAAAUGAUCGGCUGAAACAGGAUGUUGAGCGGCUGUUGGUGUUGUCUGCUGAAAACAGUGCUACAAUACAGAAACUGGAAGAUGAACUUGCACAGAAACCUGAAGAAUUUGUCUACUGUCAGAAUGAGCUGAGAUCCCAGUCGGUGCAGGAUGUUGAAUUGAAGAAACAGGAUGAAACAACUUCACCGGAAGAAACAGUAGAUCAGGAAGAGCAGAAUGGGACUUCACUCCUACCCACAGAAAACUUGGAAAGGCAGCAGACUGAAGAAACAACCCGAUUGGAACGUGUUCUCCGGGAACCUCCGCAAGAAGCUGUGGUGGUCGCUGAAAAUGCAAAGCAGAAUAAGGACAUUGGACCUGAGAUGAAAUCGCAAGACUUGCAGAUUCUGGAAGCUCCAUCCUCAUGUGUCGACUCCUCUUCUACAGGUGUGUCAGGAGAACGACUGCAUUCUGAAGCACAAAAGCCUUUGGAUGACACUUCUGUGCUCCCUGAGGCAGGAACAGAAAGCUGUCAGCCUGGAAUUGUAGACUAUCUUGCUGCAGAGAAGCAAAAAGAGUUGUCAGUUUUGCUGCUGGAACUGAAAGAAGCCCAAGAAGAAGUAGAUUUUCUGAAAAGCCAGCUCAGAAGCCCAAGCAGCCAAACCUCUGUAGGUAGCCAAACAGAAGAAGCAGCCAUCCAUCUGGAAGAUAAUUCCCAGAUACGGUUUCUUGAGAGGGAAGAGCAAAAGAUUUCAGGUACACAAAAUGAGUUGGGCGGUGGCUCAUUGUUGAGAGAAGCAGAAAUUCAAGAUAUUGGUGUGCUUCAGGAAAAGAGUCUUCAAGAAGUGCCCCAGAGGAGCAUUGUCCCUUGCGCGGGGGAGAUGCGAGAAGUUUCUACAGCAGAUCCAGAGCUUGACACCUCUCGAUCUCAAGAACUGCUAAAGUUACAAACCCAAAUUGCCGAACUGCAAAUAAUUCUUCAGAAAUCGGAAGAAUCCUAUAAGAAAGAGCUAGGUGAAAAAGGUGCAGAAAUACAGAGGUUAAACCAGCUGGCUGAGGAAUACAGAAGAAAAAUAGAGGCUUCUGACAAUGCUUUUUGUGUUUUGACUGAAGAACGAGAUCAGCUCCUCUGUCAGACGAAGGAACUUUCGACGGUAACAGAACUGAAAGAGCGAGUGAAGCAGCUUGAGGAAAAUCUCGCUCUUUCGGAAAAGCAGAGACUGUCAGACAGUCAAAGCAGUCUUCUGAAAGAACAAAUCCAGAGCCUUAAAAAUGAGUUUAAAUCCAAGGAGAAUAAAAUUGAAGCUUUGCAAAAAGACUUGGAUGAAGCGCAACUUCAACUCUCUGACCAGGACAUGCAACUAAAAGAUUUAAGAAGCCAGAUUGAGAAGAAGGAAUGUGAAGUGCUUGAUCUGGAACAACUUUUGAGGAGGAAUACAGCUGAAAGAGAAGAGCUUACCCAAAACUUAGCCUCAAAGGGACAUGAAGCAGCAAACCUAGGACAGCUUGUUGCUGAACAGACCAGGUCUAUAAAGAACCUGCAACAAACCUUGCUGGAGAAAGACCAGCAGAUGACAGAGAUCAGUCUCAGCAUGUCCGAGAAAAUGGUUCUGCUGAAUGAAGAGAAAUUUUCUCUAGAAAAUGAGCUGAGGAGUCUUAAAGAGCAAACAAGUUUGUUAUUAAAAGCCCAGGAAGAAAAGGACAAAAACAUAGAAACAAGAGAUACGUCUCUGAAAUGUGAAGCAUCUGAGCAGCAGUUUGAGACAGAGGCAGCGAGUAAAGAAAAUGAGGUUUUAGUAAAUCAACUUGAACUGCUGAAGAAGGAAAACGAGCAAAUAAAACGGAAGCUGCAAGCAGCGCUUGUCAACAGAAAAGAGCUUCUGAAGAAGGUUAGCAAGUUGGAGAAUGAAUUAGUACGGUUGGAAAGGGAACCUGAAUCAGAGACCUCAGUGGCUCGAGGAGCUGAAGGGGAGGAAAAUGUGACAAGGGUGAUAAGCAAAGAAGUGAGUCUUGAAAGGCAGCCCAGUGAGGAGUAUCUGAUUCAGCAGCUUUCUGAAAAGGAAUCUGAGUUGCAAAGCAUCCGGAAGGACUUGCUGGAUAAAGAAAUGACUGAAGCCCAAUUGCAAGCGGUGAUUGAGGAAAUGAGGCGAAGCUUGCAAGGGAAGAUGGAUAUCGUUUCAGGUAAAGAUGAAAUUGUGGGGAGCCAGACAAUUGGUGACAAGGUAACUGAAACCAAUAAAAGCCCCAAAGAUGGUGAAGAAAAUGAACAAAAUAGUUCGGCAGCUGCAAAUCUUGAUGAAAACCAAAAGUUGGCCCUGAAAGAGAGAAUUUCAACUCUUGAACAAGAGAAAGAACAACUUCAAAAGAAACUUCAAGAAGCCCUGGUGUCUCGCAAAGACACAAUAAAAAAGGCUCAAGAAAAAGACAGGCAUCACAGAGAGCAGCUGAAACAGCAGAAAGAUGAUUACAACGUCCUACAAGAACAAUUUGAUAAGCAAAGCAAAGAGAAGGAGAGCAUCCAAGCUCAGCUCAGACAACUCCAAGAACAGAAAGGAUCAACAGAGGGUAUUCUUGGGAAUCAAGCUGGGUUGGAUUCUUCAUGCACGGAAGCAGAAAAUACAACAAAUAACACAGUUGUACAAGUUGCAGGUGUUUCUGAGGAAGAGGUUGAGAUGAAACUUGAGAAACUGCAGAUGGAGAAGGAGAAAUUGGAAGAUAUCGUUAGCCACAUGCAAAAUGAACUCGCUUGCAAAUCAGAAUUAGUCUUUCAUUUGCAAGAGCACGUAGCACAGUUGUUUCUGGAGAUAGAAGGGCUGAAGAGAAGCUCUGACCAAGCUGAAGCUAAGGCAGCAAGUCUUCAGACAGAACUGGAGAAAAAUCUAGCGAGGAUUUCUGGAGAGAGUGCUCUGGAAGACCUGAAAACACUUAUGGACCAAAAGGAUGAAGAAAUCAAGUUUCUUAACUUGCAGUUAGGGGAGAAAAGCGAAGCUCUUGCUAACGUGCAAGCACGGUUGAUAGAAAAAGAGGAUUCAAUCAGGAGCCUCCGUGGUCAGUUGGAAACUCAAGCUCAGGCACAUGAGGAACAAAGCAAGCGACUGCAAACGGAGUUGCUUGAGGUUCAGGAGAAGCAGGAUGAUAGUGCAGAAGCAGCUAAAGAGAAGCAUCAAAUGCAAAGAAAGUUGCAAGCUGCACUUAUCUCUAGAAAAGAAGCACUAAAGGAGAGUAAAUCUCUCAAAGAGGAGCUGGCUGGUGCUAAAACCACUAUUGAAAGUCUUUCUGUCAGGUUGACAGAUAUGGAAAACCAAAUAUGUGGCCAUGUUAAAGAAAGAGAUGCUUUAAUUGAGAAGUCAGCAAGACUCACUGAUGAGCAAGAAAAACUUAUUGCAGAGGUUGAUAAAGUACUUACAGAAAAUCAGAAUCUUGACGGGUGCUGUAAAAACCUGAAAAUUACUCUAGAUGGAGUUCUUCUGGAGAAGGAGAAGCUGGAGAAGGAAGUGGAGUCCUUGAAGAGCUUUCAAGCUGCUGAGAGUUCCGAGUGGCAUGAGAAAUAUGGGGACCUUCAGAAAGAAUAUGAAACUCUCCUGCAGUCGUAUGAAAAUGUGAGUAACGAGGCUGAGCGGAUCCAGCGUGUUUUGGAAACGGUGAGGCAGGAAAAGCAGGACGUCUUCAUGAAGCUGAAAAGCGUGGAAGCGAAAAAGGAGGAAACGGAUAAGCAGCUCCAGGAAGCUGGGGAAGAAAUUGAUGGCAUGAAGGAGAAAAUGAGGAAAUUUGCCAAAUCAAAGCAACAAAAGAUCCUGGAACUAGAGGAGGAGAAUGAGAAGCUUAGAGCAGAGAUGCAUUUUGCAGAUGGAGAGCUUCGCAAAACUGGAGAUGUCAUUACAGAGAGUAGCCUGAAAGAAGAUCUGGAGAGCUCUAGGAGGGACUGCCAGUCUCUUUCUACUCAGCUUGAGGCAGUAAUGGCUGAAAAGGGGCGUCUUAAUCAAGAGAUCACAGACUUAAAGUGUCAUUUGCAGGUAACAGAAUCUGAGCUGAAGGAAAGCCGAGGACUUUUAGACAAGUAUGUUGCUCAGAAGACAACAGAGAAGGCAGCUAAUCAAGCAGUUGGCACACCACCACCAGUGGAGAGGACUGAGAACCAAAUGGACAUAAGUUUUGGACCAGAGGCUCCUCCCGCAGAGCUGGAACAAAAAGCAUUUGAUGGUAGUAGCCCUUGUGAAGGUCUUGAUACCUACAUACAGCAGAUAGAGGAGCUCACAGAGCGAAUCGCAGAGCUAGAAGAUAAUAGGAGGGCUUCAGAGCAACAGCUGGGUGACAUCCGCAUGUGCGUUGAGGCUUUAGCAAGUGAGAAAAAGGCUUUAGAGACCCAAAUGGAAGAGAAACUCCGUGAAUUGAAUGUUCUUCGGGACACGGUAGCAAAGAUGGAACAAACGGUCCAAAAAACCAAAGAUGACCUCGUCAGGAUGACAGAACUGAAGGACACACUAGAGGCUGAGAAGGAUGAUUUGGAAGAAAGGCUCAUGAAUCAGCUGGCAGAACUUAAUGGGAGUAUUGGAAACUAUCAGCAAGAUGCAACAGACUUCCAGAUGGAAAAUGAGCAGCUGAAACAGGAGCUUCAGAGUUUGCAGAGAGUGGUGCAUGAGCUGGAGGAGGAGAAACGUCAGAUGGUGAUGGAGAAAAGUAAAGCAAGUUCAGAAAAGCAGAAGGAAUUUGUAGAAAAGCUAAAGUGCAAUUGGAGGGGAGACACCAGCACACACGUCAAGGAGCUUCAAGAACUGCUGAAACAGAAACAGCAGGAGAUUAAGCAGCUGCAGAAGGAAUGUAUUAAAAGCCAGGAAAAGAACAGUAGUUUAGAAAGAACUAUUAAAGCUCUGGAAUUUGUGCAGAGCGAGUCUCAGAAAGAGGUAGAAGCAGCCAAAGAGGCUUUAGCUAAAGCAGUUGAAGACACCAAGAAAGCCCAGGCAGAGCUUGCCCUCUGCAAAGUGACAUUGGAUGACACCCAGAGUGAGGCGGCAAGGGUUGUAGCAGAGAGCAUCAAAGUGAAGGAAGAGUUGCAGGCAAACAAAGAGAAUAUCGUCGUUCAAAUGAAGAAAAAAGAUGAGGACUUCGAGAGAAGACUGGAACGGGAAAGAGAAGAGCACUCAAAGGAAAUCAAAAGCAUUGAAGAAAGGUUGGCAGCUUUGCAGAGGGAGAAAGACUCCGUGGAAGCUGCUGUUGGUGACCUUCAAGACUUGUUGAAAACAAAGGAUCAAGAAGCCAAACAGUUGGAAGGCAACCUAAACAAAACACUAGCCCAGCUUGCGGCCUUCACCAGGAGUAUGUCUUCUCUUCAGGAUGACAGAGAUCGAGUGAUAGAUGAAUCGAAAACGUGGGAGAAGAAAUUCACUGAAACUAUUCAAAAGAAGGAGGAAGAAAUCCGUUUGAAAGAAGAAACUUGUGUUGUGCUGAAGGACCAGAUGAAGCAUAUGGCCAUACGUGUGGAAGAACUUCAGGCUCAUAUAUCCAGGCUGGAACACAACAAGAAAGACUGGGAAUCUGAAUCCAAGAAGGAGCUUCAGCAUCAUCAAAAGACGUGUGAAAUGUUGCAGGAGGAAAAAAAGGAACUUUUGAUACAGCUUGAAGAAUCUCAAAAGCUGUCCAGCCAGUCUCAGAAUGAACAGCAGAAACUGGAGUCAGAAAUCAGCAGCCUGAAACACCAGCUUGCUGACUUACAGCGUUCCUUCACCAACUGUGAAUUGGUCAGAGAAGAUCUGGGCAGUUUGGUCAAGCAACAAGAGACCACUCUCCAGAACUUUAAAUUCAGCUGUCAACAGCUUGAGGUUGAUCUGCAGGCUUCCAAGGACCUAACAGAUAAGCUGCAUGAAGAAAUUAGUGCCAAGGAUCAGAAGAUCAUGAGUUUGUUGUCUGCCAAGGAGGAAGCAGUUAUGGUUGCUCUAUCAGAUUUACAGCAGCAACAUGCUGAGGAGAUGAAAGAGUUGGAACAUAGGCUAAGUAAGGAGGAAGAAGAUAAAAAAGCCUUGGAAAAUGAGAAGAACAAAUAUAUUGACAAACUUGAUCAUCUCACCGAAAAGAUGAAGACGAGCAGAGAAGAAAGUAAGCAGCAGAAGGCACAACUGGACUCCUUCACCAAGUCCAUGUCCUCUUUGCAAGAUGACAGAGAUCGCAUCCUGAGAGACUACAAGCAACUCGAGGAACGUCAUCUUGUUAUAAUCUUGGAGAAAGACCAGCUCAUUCAAGAGGCUGCUGCCGAAAACAAUAAGCUCAAGGAAGAAAUCAGAAGUUUUCAUAGCCGGAUGGAUGACCUCAACUCUGAGAACGCCAAGCUGAACGCAGAGCUGGUGCGGUAUAGAGAAGAUCUGAACCAAGUGAUUUCAAUAAAGGACUCCCAACAGAAACAACUUCUUAAAACGCAGCUUCAGCGCAUCCAAACUCUGGAAAAGGAGAAGGCAAUCAUCGAAACGCAGCUGAAAGAGUCUGAGCGUACUCAGGAUGAGCUCAGGAAGGGCAUGGAAGCCUUGAGAGAGGAUAAAGUCAGUAUGACUCAAGAGAUUGAAACCCUUACGUCCUCUUUGUCUCGAGUGCAGAAUGAGAUGACGGCAUUACUUGAGGGGGGUCCUAUCGUAGACUACCAAGCACAACUGAAGGCCCGAGAGGAAGAGGCACAAGAACUGAGUCAGAAGCUUUCCCUUUCACAACAAAGAAUAACAGAACUUGAGGAGGAACUGCUGUGUGUUCAAAAGGAUGCAUCCAAGAAGGUGGGAGAAGCUGAGGACAGGCUUCGAAAGGAAUUGAAGCACCUACAUCAUGAUGCAGGGAUAAUGAGGAAUGAAACAGAAACGGCAGAAGAGAGAGUAGCAGAGUUGGCACGGGACUUGAUGGAAAUGGAACAGAAAUUUCUUGAAGUCACAGGUGAAAACAAAGAUCUCAGAGCUCAAAUUCAGUCUUUUGGGAAGUCCAUGAGCUCUCUUCAGGACAGCCGGGACCAGGCCAAUGAAGAGCUUCAUGUUUUGAAGCAGAAAUAUUCUGCAGACCUAGAGGAACAGAAGAGUCUAGUGCAAAAUCUUCAGAAACAAAUGGUUCAACUACAAGAGGAGCAACAUUCCACUGUCAGAGAGCGAGAUACGGUGAGGUCUGAGCUGACAGAACUGCAGAAAGCCACUGAUGAAAGAGGUCUCGUGGCCCAAAUUGAGAAACUUAAUCAGAAGCUCAGAGCUAAAGAAGAUGAGCUUCUCCGUUUGGCUUCUGAACUGGAAGGCUCUUCCAACCAACUCAAAUCUUUCUCCAAGGCUAUGGCAAGCUUGCAGAAUGAGCGCGACCGUCUGCUGAAUGAAUUGGACAAAACAUCUAAGAUGGAAGAAGUGAAGCAACAAGCAGAAGGGAGCGCCUCCACCACUCCUUCAGAAGUGCAGAGCCUUAAGAAGGCGCUGUCCUCCUUGCAGGAUGACAGAGACAGAGUAGUAAGAGAGCUGAAGAACCUGCAGCAGCAAUACAUCCUGGUUGGGGUCGAAUCAGCUGAAAAUACUCGUUUAAAAGCCCAAUUGCAGGAGUAUCAGCAAGACUUGGAUAAAGAGCACCGUCUCCUAGAACAGCUGAAACAGGAAAGCAUUUCGUCCCAGCAGGAACUCCAGCAGCUUAGGCAAGAGAAAACUGCGUGGGAAAAGCAGAACAGCAGCCUAAAGGAGCAGUACCUGAUGGUCAUCACAGACAAAGACAAGGAACUGAGCCACUUACAAAGGAUCGUGCAAGAAAUGAGGCUGCUCCACAACAAACCUCAGAUUGGAGGGGAGCAGAACCAAACAAAGAUUCCUUCAGAAGUUCUGAGUGGAGACAUUUCAAGCUCAGAAAUGGAGAUGAAACAUCUUCAGGCCCAGCUCAGUGACAGCCUGAAAGAACUGCACCAAAAAGAGCUCAGAAUUCAGCAGUUAAACAGCAAGCUCUCUCAAGUCUUUGAGGAGAAAAAUGCCCUCUCCCUCCAGCUACGUAGUAGCAGUCGGAGCAUCUGUGAGAGCCAUCAGCACUACAAUGAGGUUCUGAAUCGCUGCUUGGAGCUUGAGAAGCAACUCCAGGAGCUACAGUCUGCAGACAAGGGCAUGGAUUUGUUUGCCACAGAUGCUGCUCCAGGAGCACCCCAAGAAAAGAAUGAGCCUCCGAGAGGCAGUUACACACCGGAACUGCAGGAGUUGCAGCUGAGGUUGUCUGAAACCGAACAUUUACACAGCAGCACAAAGCAGGAUCUGAGGUAUUUAGAGGAGCAGCUGGAGGAAGAACGGGAGCGUCGUCUUGCUGUAGAGGAGGCGCUUUCUGCAGCGCAGGAUCAAAUCAGGAGGUUGCAGUCAAGUGAGUGGACGUCUUCCUUAAGCACAAGCAUCGAUAUGGCUCCGGAUCAUGAGCAUUCCUUGCUGAUGGAACCCAUGGAUAAUCAUUUCAGCAAAACUCGGAAUAUCCUUGGAUUACGACGCCUGUUACGCUCACUCUUCCGUUCCCGGACCCAUUUGCCUCUGUUAGCAGCCAUGUAUCUGCUUGCUGUCCAUGUCCUUCUCUUCCUGUGCUUUACAGGCCACCUAUGAACCAGGAAUAACAGCCUUGCCUUGAGCCACAGCCCUGAAUUCCAUAUCAACAGGGUAGCACUUCACCCAGCUGCCUUCUUUUUCCAGAUCAACCCUUAAGGAGAAGCUACAAGCAUCAACUUGCACCUAGGUUGCUCGCUAAGGACGUAGCAAACAGUGCUGGUGCUUGGGAUCUGCCGUUCCUUCGGUAUUUUUAAAUGAGUGGUGUAUUUUCCGAGCUGCGAUCCUCAUGCUUCAAGGACAGCAUCUCUUCUUGUACCUGGAGGUAGCAUCACUCAUUUAAUGUAGGGUUGUGCUGUGGUAGGAAUCCAAAAAACAUUCUUGAGUUGCUGCAGUGCUUCGACACUUCCAGGAGCCGCAGGAUCUUCCACCUCUUGGACUGAAAUCAGUUGAGUUGGGUUGGGGAAGCCCUGUAGGUAGAUAUAGAAAAGAGAAGAUUUUCCUCUUUUCCAUCCCUUCGAUUUGCUCCGGGGCUCGGUGCUGUUUGAAAUGCGCAUCCUAAGGAAGUUGUGGACGCUUUAAGGAACGUGAAUUGAGUUUCAAAAUCAUGUUUCCUGCUCAGUUGCAUCUCCUGUUGAAGAAAGACCAAAAUUGGUAUAGCUGGACCUGCCGAGCAGUCCAUUUAAAAACAAUCAUGUCUGCCCUGACAAGCCUGUAAAUUCAUGUAAUUUAGUUAUUGAAAAGGAAUAAGAAACAAACUUUUUAGCUCUAAGUUAAUAACCUUUGCUGUUUAUAGCAUUUGUGCACCUCUCACAAUGGAAGGUGCUUGCAUAGCUCUUGAUAUGAGAGCAACCACGCUCCUGUAUUCUCCUCCUCUGAGCUCAUCCCAAGAUUAAACCAGUAUGGGCUGUAGUGGAGGAUUCCGUAAUGUGGCUGUGGGUCUAAAUUAAAGACAGAAGCUCCUGAAAUAAACGGUUUCCCCUAUGCUGAGGAAGGGAAUAACAUUCUGAAACCUUCUGGCAUCUCUGCUUUAGGAUAAAGCUGUUGUAGAAAGCUGGUGCUGGUCAUUGGACUUGUUUGAAACUAAAGCCAAUUAAUGCAAAUGGAUUUGAUCUCAUGGGAUAUAUGGAAAGCCAUGUUUUCUAAAGGACUCCUGGAAUUGAGACUGCCUCUUCUAGAGAAGAUGGUUCUAGUUGAGUUCCCUCUUGUGGUCAUUCUGCUCAGAGUAUUUGCCAGAAGGAUUGUCUCCACCUCUUGCUAGAGUGUUAACAGGCACGUUUUUCCCAUGGGAAAGAGGUAAUUCUUUUGCUAUUGCUGGUAAACUAAGAUUUUUUUUCUUUUUAGCCUGUUUGAGGAUGGAUUGAUUUCAUCACGGUUGCUAAAAUAACUGGAUCUCUGGCAGAUCCAGAACAUCGGCACUACGUCUCCGUUUCUGCACUACCUUGGAUUAUCUGGGUGGGCUUCCUCAACUAUAGAAAAAUCAGUGACCAAAUAAUUUGCCUAUAGCUUCCUGGGGCUUAUGCACCUGUAUAUAUAAUAAAGAUUAUUUUUCAAAUGAAAUGUGUCCAAUGCUGUCAUGUCAGAGGUCUCUUGAAGGUAGAGUGGUGCUGUAUCUUACCUUUAACAGGACCGCCACGGGACUUCCUUGGAUGAUGCCUUUUGUGCUCUUGCAACCCGGAAAGCCAACCAUAUCCUGGGCUGCAUCCAAAGCAGUGGGACCAGCGGGGUGAGGGAGGGGAUUCUCCUCCUCUGCUCCACUCUGACGAGACCUCACCUGGAGCCCUGCGUUCACUUCUUGGGUCCUCAGCACAGGAAAGGCAUGGAUCUGUUGGAGUGAGUCCAGAAGAAGCCACGGAGAUGAUCCAAGCACCUGGAGCACCUCCCAUAUGAAGACAGAGUUGGGGUUGUUCAGCCUGGAGACGAGAAGGGUCUGUGGAGACCUUAGAGCAGCUUCCAGUACCAGAAGGGGCUACAAGAAAGCUGGGGAGGGGCUUUUUACAAGGGACUGGAAUGAUAGGAUGAGGAGGAAUGGGUUUAAACUGGAGAGGGAAAAUUCAGAUUAGACAUUGGGAAGAAAUUCUUUAUGCUGAGGGUGGUGAGGUCCUGGCCCAGGUUGCCCAGGGAAGCUGUGGCUGCCCCAUCCCUGGAGGUGUUCAAGGCCAGGUUGGAUGAGGCUUUGAGCAGCCUGAUCCAGUGGGAGGUAUCCCUGCCCAUGGCAGCGGGGUUGGAACUGAAUGACCUUUCCCACCCAAACCAUUCCAUGAUUGUAUGAUAUCUUCCUCCACGAUCUGGAAGCAGGAGUUUGCUGGUGGUAACGAACUGGGAGGUUCUGUCGACUCUCUUGAGGGACAAGAGGCUUUGUAGAGGGAUCAGGAUAGGUUGGAGCAUUGGGGAAUAAUCAAUGGCAUGAACUUCAAGAAGGCCAAAUGCUGGAUUCUACAUCUAAGACCAAGUAGUGCUGGGCAUAAGUAAACUGGGAGAGGCUGGUCAAGAGAAGUCCUGCGGAGAGGGAUCCGGGGGUGUCAGAAGAGUUUUAUCCUGUUGGAUUCAGCGUUGGUGCAGUGCUGAGCCCCACCAUUGGAGAAGGAUGGGAAAGUCCAGGUCCUUGAAUGGAGACAGACUGCUGGCAGGGCUGGAGGGAAUAUCUGAUGAGGAACAGUUGAGCGCUCCAGGUUUGCUCACAGGGAGAGAAGGAGGCCAAGGGGCCACCUCGGAGGUCUCCGCAGCUUCCAAGUAGGGGACGUGGAGAAGGAGGUACCCAUCUCUUCCCCCUGGGAUCCAGGGCCAGGAUGCCAGGGCACUGUUCUGAGCUGCACCAGGGGAGGUUCAGGCUGGAUAUGAAGGAGCAUUUCUUUAUCAAGAGGGUGGUGAAACCCUGGAAGAGGCUUCCUGGAGAGGUGGUUGAUGCCCCAAGCCUGUCAGGGUUUGGCAACGCCUUUAAUAAGAUGCUCUGACUUUUGGUCAGCCCUGAAGAGGUCCAGCAGUUGGACUGGAUGAUGGUUGCAGGUGCCUUCCAGCUGAACCGUUCUACUCUAAGCCCUGUUUCUCUUCCUAGUGCGUAAAACGGAAGUGACUACUCUAGGAGCUUUUUUUUGCUUCGCUUGCCUAAUUCAGAAGGGAAGUUAUUUUGGUUUGAGAUGUUUAUCUAGUGUCAAACUAGUG